AUGAAGGAUUCUGUUUUAAGUUUAUUCACCCUAACUCUAGAAAGCCUUAUAAUCGCAGAAAUCUAUAACUAUCGGAUGAGAAUCCAGUCCGAAAUUCCAAAAGAAAAAAUUGAAGACAGCCCUAUUUCUUUAAUUCCUACAAAUAUCCUGUCUAUCAAUUCAUCAUUAAGUCUACAAACCCCGGCUAAGGAAGAAUUCAAAUCAAGUAAAAAAUCAGAUAAAACCAAAGAAAACUCGUUGGUUGAAAGUCAUGACGGCAAGAAUGAGGACGAUUUUAUAUACAUUACGCCAAACAUGAAGAAAUUUAAUCCUCAUAAGAAGCAUAAAAAAAUUGAGCAUCUUCACGAUGAUGAAAAAAUGAAAAAAAGAAGGGAAAUGGUGGAGAUACUUAACCAUCUUGAGUCAGGUACAAAAAGAAGAAAAAAACACAUUUAA